AUGGGCAGUUUGGUGAGCAGCAUACAAUGUUUCUGCAGGAGGAUCUACCCUAUGAAUGCUCGGGUUGUGAUGCUUGGACUAGAUGGUGCUGGAAAGACCACUAUACUCUAUCGGAUGAAGCUCAACAUGACUGUCUGCACAAUCCCAACCGUUGGAUUCAAUGUGGAGACGCUGGAUCAUGUUAAUGGUAUGUGCCUUACAAUGUGGGACAUUGGCUUGGGGGCCAAGGGUCGGCAAAUGUUGAGACCAUAUCUUACCAACUCUCAUGGAUUGGUGUUUGUGGUAGACAGUAAAGAUGCUACGAGACUUAAAGAGGCCAAGGAGACCCUCUUCAGAUUACUAGAAGAUGAUGACACAAACAUGCCUCUUCUUGUGUUGGCCAACAAACAAGAUCUGGAAGGUGCACAUAGCCCAUUGGAAAUAUCUGUAGACUUAGAACUUGAAAAAGUAACAUACAGAAAAUGGGAUAUUUUAGGAUGUUGUGGCAGUACAGGAGAUGGUCUUCUGGAGGCUGUGGAAAGGCUUUCUGCAAUGAUUAGAGAACAUGAACACAAAUCAUGAGAAUUUAUGUCCAUCAGAAAGAGGGAUCUCUUUGCAGUCUCUAUAAUAACAGCACAGUAGUAUGAUGUGAUAUAUUCAGAGAAUAUAACUUUUAUUUGUAUAUAUAUAUACAUAAGAAACUUUCUUUGAAAUGAAAAGAUAUAUUUACAAAAUGUAAUAUGAACAAAGAAAACUUUUUUAUAUUCUCCCAUAUACUUAAGUAGUUGAAGUUCACAAAACUAACAGCAGAUGGCAGUAAACCUGUGCAUUUGUUCUUUUCAAUGCUUAGAUUUUUGACUAACGUUAUCCUUUAUUUUCCAGGAUUUGGAUUUGCCAGUUUGACCUAAAGGUGUGUGUGUGUAUAUAUUAUAUAUAUAUAUUGUAUCAAAAAGGUGCAGUAGUCAGUCUUCAUAAAAGAAAGUCUCUAUUAACAACUCGUUAAAAACAUCCAGGAGGUACACGAAGCAGCAUUCAAAAUCACAGUAUCUGCUAACAUGUUUCGGCCUUCAGGCCGUAAUCAUAGCUAUAAUACUUAGCACCUGUACCCUUUAAAAAGCAACAGAGCCACCUUGAUAUAGUAGCACUAUACUUAAAUAGAUGAAUAUAUAUAAGGAGUAUCUUAGUGCUGAUCGCAAAAAUACUACUUUAGUCGAUAAUGUAAAUAAAUAAAGAGGAGAUAAACAAUCUCAAGAGAGUGUAUAGUAUGAGUAACUUAUUUUUAUAUUUAAACAAUGCAUAGGUUAAACUACAAAUGCAUGUCAGUUACUCAAGCAUAUGUUCAUCAUUAAUCAUUUACAUUAUUUUUGUUGCUGUUUUUUGUUAUUUUUAUUUUCACCAACAAGAGUGAGAGAAAUAUAUAUCUUAAUAUAUUAGAUCAAGUUGAAAUAAAAUUAAAAUGAAGUAAAAUGAAAUAAACCAACCUAGGCUAGACCAGAGUAAGACUGCAUAUUUACAUAGAAGAUGUUACACAUAUAUAUGCACAGUCUUAAACAUACUUAGAUUUGAACAUCUUAGAUAGACACACAAUAAACUCAAUAAACAAAUAGAGAGUAAAAAGUAAAAAGUAAAUGAGAAAAUGAGUCCAAAAUACAUCAAUAGUGUCUAUUGGCUAUAUACUUAUACACCUAUAUAUACAUAUAUACUUCUCUGAAUAGAGCAUAUAUGCUUUGUUUUACUUUGUUUAGUCUUGUAUAGACCAUAGUUUAAUACUCAAUACAGAGAAAACACAACAAAGAGCCAGUAUAUAUGUAUAUAUAUCGGAAAAACCUGCAAUGUUCAUAUCCUUUGUCUGUCUACCUAUGUAUAUAGAUAUGAUAGAUUAUUAAACCCAUUUAAUAAAUCACUGUUAACUUUAUUAAUAAAUUUAUUUAUUUAUUA